CAAUAGGCGACAUUGUUUGAGACAUUUGGUUUAAACAUUUUGAAAUUUUCUUCCCGCCAAACUCAAUUUCUGCCGCCGUUACGGGCCACCACGAGCCAAUUGGGAGGCAGUUUGAGCCACUGCACGGCACUAGGCACCUUAUUGGCGACACUAGGCGUCACAGCAAAUUGCAUUGGCGUGAACUGGCACCAACUGGCGCCGGCCCAGUGGACUCCUAGCAUUAUUGGAACAACUUGGCUCGUGCCAUUACAUUCCAGUGGAUUCCAAUAGACGACAUUGUUUGUGACAUUUGGUUCCACUUGGUGGAUGAAGAUUUUAAACAUUUUGACAUUUUAUUGCCGCCAAACUAAAUUUUUGCCGCAGUUACGGGCCACCACGAGCCAAUUACACUAGGCGCCACAGCAAAUUGCAUUGGCGCGAAUUGGCACAUCUUAUCAUUACUCUCCUAGUAUUCUUUGUUUACACCAUAAUACGCAGGCUACAAGAUCACUGAAAGCUUUAAACAUUAGCAUGCUACCGAGCUAACUCAUUAGCGUACGUUUUAUGUACUCCAAAUUUAAGAAAGGGCUUCAAACGGAGUGGGGGAAAAAGACAAAUUAAGAAGCCAAAAAUGUACCACUUCCACACUGAAUGGGAGGAGCUCUUGUUUUCAUGUCGGACAUGCAGCGUUGUUGUAAUUAAAGUAAUUAAAGUAACAUUACUGAUGCCCAGUGACCGGAAUACUACAUGUAGCUUGUCUUUCAAGUUUUUUGUACUCAUAAUUAUUUAUUUUAUUUUAUCGCUUAAACUGGUUUACAUUUAAUACUGAUUCCAUUUUGUUAUGUUAACCUUACCUCAUAUCAACUGUUUUUUUUAACCUGUUGCCCUGAGAUCACAUGACGAAGGUGAAGGUGAAGGUGCCAUCAUUAACUGAUGCUCUCAUCCCGCCACCGUUUUACCGCUAACACGAAAAGUGAUACACAUUUAUGGGUUCCACCUGAAUUUUCCGUAAAAAAAUUGGACUCAAAAGACAAGUGAGUUUUGUUUUUCUUUGGCUUUUUUGUGUGAUGUCAACACGGAAGAAUACCCAUAAGACGCCACUAGGUGACAGUAUUGCUCUGUUCCAAAUGGUGAGUAAACAUACACUCAUAUUAUUGUUAGGAAUGUUAAAAUGACAUAGUUAAUAAAUGUACUAUUUUGAUGUUAAGAAUAUAUGCUAAGCUAUGUGUCAUAAAAAAAAACAUCCACAAUACCCGCAAGUUGAAUACCCCUGUAUUGACUAUGUUUCAUUCUAACGUCAAAACACAAGCAGCUUGUAGGCGGGCCGAGAUGCACUUCCUCUUCCUAUGGACCAAACCAUCAACAGGAAGAUGCAUUCAACUGAAUGUCAGAGUGGCGUUCAGUGAACACUCGGCUUCUACUACUGAGGUCAUGUGAUGUUUGAGUUGUUAAGUUGCAGUUGAAGAAAUGGAAGAGGCUCAAGGGCCAUGUCAGGAGUCCACUCAAGCGACAGUUCUCGUCUCAGAUGGGCCCAAGGUGCACCACAAAUCGGAAAUAAAGCGAUACAGCGAGAUCUUCAGAGACUUUGACAACCUUGAUUUGUCCUUUAUUUCCAUUGACAAGGAUGACCUUAUGUCGGAUUCUUCAGAGUUCAACUCGGAGUGCAUACUUGGAAAGAACCCAGAACCUGCAGAGCGCCAGGAACCAUCUGAGCGCAGUGUCACCAUCGAAGGAGAUGGGAACUCAUCAGCCCACGAGGCCGACCUGGCGCUCUGCCGCUGUGAGGAUGGCGUGGAGACGGCCCUGCGGUACGCCAAGAUGUGGUGCCGCUACGCCAAAGACCUCCUGGCCUGGAUGGAGAAGAGAAUCAGCUUGGAACAAGAAUUUGCCAAAAACAUCAUGAAGGCAUCCGAAGCAGCAAAAGCCAGCUUGACAUCACAGGAAAUGAUGCCCCUGCAGUACAUCUACACCAUGGCUCUAGAACAGGACCUGAAGAACAGCUGGAACUCCAAGAAGACUUCAGAGCUGGUGCAGAACCGCUGUUACCAAGCCUUGGCUGCCAAGAGGAAUGAGAUUGAAAAGUGGCGCAGGGAAUUCAAGGAGCAGUGGGUGAAAGAACAGAGGAAGAUGAAUGAAGCAGUGACAUCUCUGAAAAAGGCCCGGCAGCAAUACUUCCAGCGCUGUGACGAGCUAGAAAAAGCUAAAGCUAUCACAGCUAAAAUCGUGGACGACAUGGGAGGCAUGAAAACUCUGGAAAGGAGGAGGAAGUCCAAGGAUGAACAGACAAAGGUGAUGGAGGCGGAGCUUCUGUACAAACAGUGUGUCCAUGACGCCAGGAUCCACCAGGAUGAGCUGGUGAAGGUGAAAGAGAGGAUUAUUUCCCACAUUCGUAAACUCAUCUGUCAGGGAGACACAGUGCUCAAGCAGUCCGCAGUCAACAUGUUUUACUACCAGCGGCAACAGACAGAGCCGGUUCCUUUGGGAUAUCACAACCUGGAGCUGACGUGUCGCUCCUUGGAGCCCGGAGAACCGUACAUGAUGUACAUACGGAGCAGAAGAUGCCAAGAACAGCCUCUGCCCAUCUUCUCCUUCCAGGAGUAUGUGGCUCAGGGGAAACGGAAACAUCGGAAAACCAGCAACCCUCUUAGCUCCCUACGGGACUCAUCACCACAAAGAGAUGAAAGUCCCUGCAGACAACCAAGCGAAGGCAAGCGAUUUGCUUUCAGUGACAACGAGAGCAUCGAAGGCAGCUUGGAAUCUCUGUCCAGCCCUGCCCACUGUACUAGGAGGAUUCACAAAACAACGUUCAACUUGCUCUCAGACGACCCGGAUGACCGCGACGUGGCAUCAGAAUCUGAGUGCCUCGAUGGACAGCAGGUCAAAGUCCGAACGCCGUCCCGAGCCGCUCUGACGCACCGACUCAGGAAGCUGAAGACCAAGAUGGUGAAAUGCAAGCAGUGCGACAACUACAUUUAUGUAAACGGGGUGGAAUGUGAAGAGUGUGGGCUAGGUUUGCACAGGAAGUGCAUGGAGGUGUGCCAGAUUGAGUGUGACAACAACAAGGGGACGGUGUUUGGCGUCCACCUGUCUUUGUUACUACGGGACACACGGGAUGACGUGCCCUUUGUGGUGCGACGCUGCACGUCGGAGAUUGAAAGUCGGGCUCUAUCUGUCCAGGGGGUGUAUCGGGUCAGCGGGUCCAAGCCUCGCGUCCAAAAACUGUGCCAGGCCUUCGAGGAACACAAGGAGGACGUGGACCUCUCGGAGUUGUCCCCUCAUGACAUCACCUGCAUCCUGAAGCACUUCUUCAAGGAGCUUCCCGAGCCACUGAUGACAUUUGACCUCUACAACGACUUCAUGGCGGCGGGGAAGAGCAUUCAGCAUCUGGGCGACUGGGAAUCCAUGCAAGACACUAACGAGUUCAUGGAUGUGGCUCACAGCCUACAGAGGUUACUGCAGAGGCUGCCUCCAUGUUGCUACGGCACAUUACAACAUGUUAUAGGACACCUGCAAAAAGUUUCCAGAAACAACGAGAACAAAAUGUCCGCCAGCAACUUGGGCAUCGUGUUCGGCCCGACUCUCCUGCGCCCCCCGGUGUCCACAGACCAGCCCACGGUGGCGCUGCAGGAAACCACCUACCAGGCGCUGCUGGUGGAGUUCCUCAUCUCACAGCAUGACACAGUCUUCCUGUGUAAGAAGAGAGAGAGAACCGGUACACCCACACCUCCCGUUCCCAUCGGUCCGCUUCCGGAGACCCCUCCCAGGGGACGUGGCUGUCAAGUGGAGGGGGAGUUGGACUCAAGACCCGAGCAAGGAACAUCCUCCCGGGAGCGGCCUUACUCACUGGAAAGCGAAAGAAUGAAGCGAGAGUCGAGCGAGGGUUAUAUAUCUGACAAGUCUUCAUCCAAUGAAGCAGUGGACCAGAUCGGCCCUGAAGCCAAUGACAGAGCAGUCCUGGCUAUGAGCGGUGCCCAGCACGACCCAACGGGGGACUUUGUCACGUCCAACUUCCGCUUCACCAGGCAGCCUGUCAAGUACCACCGCCACCACAACCCGAGGAGCCGACCUCCCGCCAACCAGACCGUCGCUCCCAGACCGCCGCCCCUGGCUCUUCCGGUGACUCCUAGUAGCGCCGACAGCAGUCGCAGCUCCUCCCCGGAACAACGAUCACCACUCGCACCUCCUCAGAACUCUGACGCCUCUUGCGGGAACAUCUGCCCGCCUUGUCGCCGAACCGAGGAUGCUCCUCUAAACCCACGUGAUGUUGUGCAGUACAUGCUAGGACUGGACACGCCGUCUCCGGGGGCGUCUGGUUUGGCUGAUGUCAACGUGGAUGUCUCCAAUAAUUGUGGACAGAGGAAGACUCUCUGUCGCUCACCCAAGUCUCUUCCUGCAGAGCAACACUUCACCUCACCCGCACAGAAGAUCCUGUCUGGUCUGAAGCUCAGACGAAGCCACUCAGGGAAGGAUGAGCAACUUUUUGUAUGAGCAUUGACUUGAAAGUUACUAUCCACUCAGAAAAUAAGACAUUAUUGUACUUAAUAGCUUCGUCUUACUACUUCGGUACUUUUUAGGCCCUGACAAUGGUACAAAUUGUGACUCUUUGAGGUACAUUUGCAUGGAUGCUACCUUGACAGACGACGAAAAUGCACUUUCAGCCCAAGGUACCAUAUUUGGUAUCUUCAAAUGUGCCUUGACAUUGGAGAAAAAGGCACAUUAUCCUCAUUCUUCACUCAUAUUUGCUUGUUAACCACUUCCACACGCUCAUAUUGUGUCAACUGACCACACAUAAAUUAUAUUAAUUAUAGCUAAACACACAUAUAUUAAAAUAAUCCGACCAAAAAAAACAUAACCAGAGAAAAAUAUGAGCAAAUUUACUUGUUUCAUUUUAUAUAGUACUUAAGGCCAAUGCCAGACUUACAGUACACAUGACAACCUGCAGGUGGCGCCAAAUGACUUAUUUCCCUCAAGCAAGUUGGAGGUUUUUCGCUCUCACACACCAGUGACCUAGACAGAUGAAAAGAUUGUUAAUUUUAACUGACUCCAAAGUUUUUUUUAUGGUACAGAACAGACCACGCUUCAACUGAUGUUUAAGUCUAUUAACUGCGCUCUUCUGGAAAAACUACAAUUAAGACAAUAAUAAGCAUUUCACGGUAUAAAAUGAAUAAAUAGCAGUCAAACUAUAUAUUAUAACAAAAAUUAAUGUCAAAUGACAUGCGGUGUGCGCCUUCUGACCAUAAAUGUAGAAUCUCUAGUUAUUAAAUUCGUCUUUACAGUCGUUUUUUAUGUGCUGCUAGCAUCUUG